CAUACAUUUGCGAAUAACAGUGAGCAACAAAUAACAAUGUCGACGAUGGAAGGUUCACUUAGCAAAUGGACAAAUGUUGUUAAUGGAUGGCAAUAUCGUUGGUUCGUUUUAGACGAUAAUGCUGGUCUUUUGUCAUAUUAUACGAGUAAAGAGAAGAUGAUGAGAGGAGCACGUAGAGGAUGUGUACGUUUAAGAGGUGCUAUUAUAGGUAUUGAUGAUGAAGAUGAUAGCACCUUUACAAUUACUACAUCAUCAUAUAAAGAUGAUCCAAAAACAUUUCAUUUUCAAACACGAAAUGCAGAAGAACGGGAACGUUGGAUUCGUGCUUUAGAAGAUACUAUAUUACGUCAUUCAUAUGCUAGAUGGGAUCCCAAAAAAUCUCCUCCCAAGCAAGAUUUUGAUCGCAAAGUUGCUGAAGCAGAUGCUUAUCUUCAAUUGUUAAUUGAUCAAAUAAAAUUAAUUGAAUUAAAACAAAGAACUGUUGCUACAGAAGACGAAGAAAAGCAAGAAAAAUAUGCAGCAGUUUUGACUCAAGCCAAUGCAAUGCUUAAUUCUGUUAAACAUACAAUUGUUCAGUUACAAAUUGCAAAGAAUACAGCAAUACCUGUAAAUGGAAUAUAUAGAGGGCCCACUGAUUCAGUACACGUUUCAUCUCCUUUAUCUCAUGUUGCUGCUAGAGAACCAGAUGCAACUGUACAGACUGGAAUUGAAUUAGGUUCUGAGUGUGUAGAGGCAAGGAUACCUACAUUACCAAACGCUGUUGUGGAUAGAGAUCUUCCUGUACCGCAAUUUUCUUAUUCAUCUUCGGAUGAAGAUGAAGAUUAUUAUGAUGCAGCAGACGAAAUAUCACCUCCUUCUGCAAUACAAAAUCAUAUUACUAUUAGAAGACGGGAUAGCGAUAUUUCUAGUGAAAAUCGGAAGCAAGCACCGUUACCUCCUACAAAAGGCGAUGGAUCAGUUGAUUAUGAUGCCCUUUACGAAGAAGAAAGCGAAACAGAAAUGGAUUCUAUGGAAUCUCAUGGAUCCGUUGUAACUCAUCUUUUAUCUCAAGUAAAAAUUGGUAUGGAUUUAACAAAAGUGGCAUUACCUACGUUUAUUUUGGAGCGCAGGUCGCUUCUAGAAAUGUAUGCAGAUUAUUUUACACACCCAGAUCAAUUUGUGAGCAUAGCAGAUAUGUCUACUCCCAAGGAUAGAAUGGUUCAAGUAGUUCGUUGGUAUUUAUGCAGUUUCCAUGCUGGUCGCAAAUCAGGUGUAGCUAAAAAACCAUAUAAUCCAAUAUUAGGUGAAAUGUUUCGAUGUCAUUGGGAUAUUCCUAGUGAUAUUGUUGAUAGCUCAAAUGAUUCGAAACUAGUUGUUGAAGGUCCUUUACCUUGGUGCAAAGAAAAUCAACUUUCCUUUAUUGCUGAACAAGUAUCUCAUCACCCUCCCAUAAGUGCAUUUUAUGCUGAACAUUAUGCAAAAAAAAUUAGUUUUGGUGCUCAUGUAUGGACAAAGAGCAAAUUUCUUGGAUUGAGUAUAGGAGUACAUAAUGUUGGGAAGGGUUGGGUAACUGUAUCACAACAUGGAGAGGAAUAUGUGUUAACUUUUCCAAAUGGUUAUGGCAGAUCUAUUCUUACUGUACCAUGGAUAGAAUUAGGAGGUACAGCAACUAUACAUUGUGUACAAACUGGCUUUCAUGCUACUGUAGAAUUCUUGACAAAACCUUUUUAUGGUGGUAAACGUAAUCGAAUUACUUGCCAAGUUAUGCAACCAGGAGAUAAAAAACCAUUUGUUGUUAUAAAUGGAGAAUGGAGUGGUGCUAUGGAAGCAAAGUGGGCAGAUGGAAAAACUGAAAUAUUUGCGGAUGUCAAAGAACUUCACACUCAAAGAAAAUUAGUAAAACCAAUUUGUGAACAAGAAGAACAUGAAUCACGAAAAGUUUGGCGGGACGUAACUGUUGGAUUAAGAAUUAAUGAUAUGGAAAAGGCAACCGCAGCGAAAUGUGCAAUUGAACAAAAACAACGGGAUGAAGCGCGUAUCAGAAAGGAAAAUAAUGUUAAUUGGCAAACUAAGCUGUUCAAAGAAACCAAAGACGGUAGUUGGGUAUACAUGAAACCUCUUGCAGACAGACUACAUUCUUAUACCGAUCAAGUGGCUGCAACAUAA